AUGGAGAACCAGCGGUAUCUGGUCGUCAUUGUGCCUCCGCAGGCAGAGGCAGCAUUGCUGUCUCCUGGCGCGCGCCCAUCAAUCUUGAUACCCUUCAACCCCGAGGCCAUCGUUUCGUCUUUCGUCGUUGAGAUUUGGAAACGCCUUGCAAGACAUGACGGUGCCAUCCCUCUCACAGCAGAGACUCACGUUGUCUCCCUCCACCUCGGUGGUGAGAAUGGCCCAGCCAUCGACAUCGAAGACCGUUUGGUCGAUAUCAUCGCCGAUUCUCAGAGGCAAAAAAUCUUCGCCGUCUUCAAAAACAAGAAAGAUAUCGCGACGGUGAUACAGGCAACCACCCAUGUACGAAAUAUCUUUUCAACGGUAGCAGCCCCCGAGCCCAUUUCAUUUGCUAACGCUCUGCUUGUACAGGUGGCCCCAAUCUUGACACAACCGAGCGAUCAUGAUACGGACAGCCUAUCAUUCCGUAUCAUCACCCCAUCGACAACCAAGAUUAGAGAUUCAUGUCCCAUCCUGACAAUGCCAAUAUCUGCCACUGUCCGCCAACUACAUCUCAGCAUCGCGAACACCCUGGGCUGCACGGGUCAAACCCAAGAGACAGUCGAAGGUUGGGAAUGCAACUGCAACUUGGCCAAGGAGCUGGCUUUAGGAUACUUAGAUCUUACCCAUUUCCUGGUCAUUCGCGGAAAGAGCAUUGUGGAGAAGUUUCCGCUCGAGGUUGCCAGUGUGGGCAGUCUGCAGCAAGCACUCUUCUCUAGGUUUGGCCAGGAUAUUGAGACGAGAAAAAGGGUCACGUACCAUGGAGCAACACAAGACCAAGAUGACAGCAGGACUUACACCAAGAUACCCGUGGUCGCGAUCUGCUCCAAACAACGGCACGUCCCGAUCCACGCACGGGUCGAGCUGGAUGGCAGCGACAGAACAAGACCACAAGUCCUUGAUCUGCACACAUCUGAGCUCCCCAUCCAUCCCGCCUGCUUCGACUCCAGCGUGGAUAUGCUGGGCCUCAGCGCUCUUGCAGUCAAUGGCGUUGUGGACAUUUUCGCUGUUUAUCGGACGUCCUCCGCUCAGCUCCCUCUUCUCAAGGGAAGGUCGGCUAUAUUUCGAGACUUGGCUCACUGGGAGCCAUCAAUUGCCCAGUCUGAUCGAGGCAUGGCAAUUUUCUUGUCUUCGCUGCGCGUCUUUGCCUCUAUUCUGCAGGAUAUGCAGAGUGACGGUAAUGCCCAGGAUGCAGCUUACUACGUUUUUGACGAGCUCACCCAAUUCCCCCCGGCACUUCGUUGUCUGCACCUACUUGUGAGCGGUCAGACACCUACAAGUUUUGAGUGCAUUGCCCUGAGUCAAACAAUUCUGGAGGUUCUCAGGAGUUACGUGGCGGUGGACACAAUUACGCAAGAUUCGGCUCGCCUUUUCGAAGGGUCACGUCUUCUGUUCGGGUAUAUUCUGGAGUCCGCCAAAUCACUGCGCAUAGACUCGGACACCGAGGUUCACAGCGAUGAUGAAGUAGCAAAGAAAUUGCGUUAUACUUCAGUCUUCUGCACUUACGACGUCCGUGACCACAAGACUCAUGAAGCGGUCCUCCACGCGUUACAGACAUCAGAUGGUUUGAUCGAAGAAACCCUUUUCAAGUCCCUCCAGGACGGAGGUUUAUUGGCCGAGACUCAUUUGCAGUCAUUUCUUGUUCAAGCGGAGACUGAGCCGAGGUUGGCUCGCUUCGCUUUGCAAAGCGGUGGCACUUGUCCCGAGGUCCUCGUCUUAUCUUUGGGUGCACUAAAUAACAUCUAUGGCUCACAAACGGGUGCUCUCAGCCACGCUUGUGACCUCAAUCAACUUCGCAAAUUAUUGCAGUUGGCUGAAAUGUGCAGUGGAAACAACCUGGCUGUACACGGGCCUAGUCAACUGGCAGCUGCAAUAUCGCCAUGUCUGACCUUCGAUCGCAACGCACACUUGGCAGUAUAUACUGGCGAGGAGCCAUGUGGUAGACCCGGCCAUUCCUCUAUCAUUUUCCGACCACAGCACGGAGAAGAGACGAUUGAUCCUUCGGUGAUGGAGCGGCUUAUUGCACCAAUUGUCAAAUCUUAUGAACAAGACGGAUCCGCAGUUUUUGAUGCCUACGGGGGUGCACAAGUACGGAUAAUUCAAGAUCCAGAUGAGAUAAUCAUGUUCUGCGUCGACUCCAGUUCCAGCAUGGGAAACCUCACGGAUUUCAGCGAGGUUAACGAAGAUGACACUGGCAUAAGUAGCCGACCACACCGUCUGAUAGAGCAAGAACUUCACCGGGCAUCGUCGUUAGAAGAGAGCAAAGAGGGCCUUAUGGCCCACAACAGCUUCGAGGACAUGAUCGCCAUUGUUGCCAAGACUUCCGGGCAAUCCAAAGACAGGAUGGCGAGAGAGGUCUUGUCUUUGUUUGCUUGUCUCUUGUGCUUGGAGAUCAACGCAAAGGAGGACAACCUCGAGAGAGCACGAAGAUCUGUGUCUUCAAGAUAUGUCUGGCAUACAGCUAUCCACACGCUGGAGUCUGAGCUGGGAGAACUGAAGGCUUUCGGUGCCAGCCUGAAAGCAAACGAGGAGGCCCUGGCCCAAUUUCUGAUGUUUCGGGCCAGUUUCCUGGACCUAGAAGCUGUCACGCGAUGGAAUUGGUCUUUCGGCGAUCCAGUUCCUUUGGUAUCUAGACCAAGAGGGCUUCCAGUCUUACCCGAAAGAAUAACCGACGUUCCGAGCCACCUCAAGUGUCCAAUCUCCCACGCGCUGAUGGAAGAUGCGGUGGAAGCCUGUGAUGGUCAGACGUAUUCUCGCAGCGCAAUUGAGCGGUGGUUCUCAAUACGACAAACAUCUCCACUGCAUGGUGCACCGCUUGACGACCUCUCCUUGAGGGUAAGACCAGAUAUUCGAAGCGAGGUCUUGUCCUGGAUUUCUGGCCCCAGAGAAACGAAUACUGUCGAUGUCAUUGCCGUGAAAUUUGAAAGCCGGAUUGGAUUGUUUACAAGAAUCGUCAAGCUCACGGCGACUUCGAGCGACCUUUACGUGCUUGCAUACCGUGGGCUCAAAGCAGAAUUCGAAGCAUUCGAGCUUUCAGCCCACAAUACGGGCACUCUGUUACCAAACAGGAACGUCACUGUGUCAAAUCUCGGGCUGAAGAGUCUCGACCGCAUCAUGAUACGGCUUCCAGAAGAUACAGCUCCCUUGCAAACAGAAUCAUAUGAUUCUGGUAGGAUGUUCCAAGAUGACACCCCAGAGAUGUGCCUUAUGAAGGUCUACGAAUACUUGUGUGAAGAGCAGCUCUUUGCAUUCUGGGUCCGUGAGGACAACCCUGAUUUGCUGCUUUCGGUCAUUUGGAUGUACUGGCGACACAAGCUUGACAAAGGAGUCUGUCCUACGCCCGAAAUGAGAAGUGUCCUGACGAACGUGAGACCUUACGGUGAUACUAGGAGAUCCUGGACAUACGAAAGUCCGCAGCAGACUGCAAGACUGUCACGUUUCCUCACAUCGUGUCAAUGCACCGGACGGCUAGAGCCCGAGAGGCUCUGCAGUGGAGAUGGCGACGCCCGAAUAUCGCACUCCAGCCAUAAUGUCCUCAAGGUAAUGAUCGGUCCAGAACACGGGCGCAAACCCAUAAUUCGCCUCACUCGACUUGGUGUUCUGAAGCAAAUGCUUGACGCACUCAUCAAUCGUAUGUUGGCUUACAACUACAAGAAUCAUGUCGGACUAGUCGACUUCUCAAGCAAUGCUCAAGUCAAGAUGCCGAUAUCGCAUGUCUUGGAGAACUUCAGACGCGCUACCCUUGAACUGAAGGCCGGGGGUGACACGGCCUUGUGGGAUGCUUUGGCCCUUGCCGGGGAUCAGAUAGAUCAGUAUGCAACCAGAUUCCCCAGUGCAAAGAAGCGCAUCGUCGUUAUCUCGGACGGACAAGACAACAAGUCGUCAACCAAUACGUGCUACGGCAUCGUCUCGAGCUUUCUGCGGAAAGGAAUCUCAGUCGACAGCGUCUCAAUUGGUGACGAGGACAAUACGGAUCUGCGCACGUUGUCAUACAUGCUUGGUUCAUACAGAUUCCACCCAACAUCGUUGACAAACACACUUGCAAUUUGCGAGAUGGAGCCUUUCCUAUCUCUGUCUCAGAGGCCACCAAUUACUCUUCCUUUGCAGUGGAGCGGGGCCAACAUUCAGACGCAGUUUAAUUUAUCAAGAUAUCGCGCCACGGCAACCUUGGUCACCGACGACAUAGUUCCGCCAAUCAGGGAUCAUCCGAAUAUGGCAGAUAAAUUUUGUCAGUUGACUUCUCUCGCCCCAGAUGGCAAUUCCGCAGUGUCUGCGACGACAUCCAGCAAUCCGCGUCGCGGGCUUCGGGUGCCGCGUCUGAUGAAUGAGAUACGGACAAUAGCAGCUCGUGGGGGUCACAGAAAAUACGACAUCUACAUCAGUACAGCCGACGUGUCAUUCUGGAAGAUCGUCGUAGAGGGGCCAGAAGGCAGCCCGUAUUCGGACGGGGCAUUCCUGCUCUAUCUCCACGCAGACGAGGCCUACCCGAGGCUCGCACCCAAGGUGCGGUUCGUCACCAAGAUCAAGCACCCUAACGUGAAUCUGCACGGCAGGAUCUGCCACAGCAUCUUUGACCGCGACUGGACCAGCGACACGAGCAUGGGGACUGUCCUGGACACCAUCUACGGGCUCCUCUACCAGCCCGAGUCCAGCGACCCCGUCAACACCACGACUACCCUGGGGUUCUUCCACGACCCCGUCGACUUUGCCGAGGAGGCUCGGGCGCAUGCUCGGAAGCACGCUUCCAAGACGCGUGAGGGGUGGAAGGUUGAGAUUUUGGGCCCGAUGUGGUGGCUUGAAUGA